AUGUGCACUCAGGCUCCUGCAACAUGUGCACUCAAGCUCCUGCAACAUGUUCACUCAAGCUCCUGCAACAUGUGCACUCAAGCUCCUGCAACAUGUGCACUCAGGCUCCUGCAACAUGUUCACUCAAGCUCCUGCAACAUGUGCACUCAGGCUCCUGCAACAUGUGCACUCAGGCUCCUGCAACAUGUGCACUCAAGCUCCUGCAACAUGUGCACUCAGGCUCCUGCAACAUGUUCACUCAAGCUCCUGCAACAUGUGCACUCAAGCUCCUGCAACAUGUGCACUCAGGCUCCUGCAACAUGUGCACUCAAGCUGCUGCAACAUGUGCACUCAAGCUCCUGCAACAUGUUUACUCAAGCUCCUGCAACAUGUGCACUCAAGCUCCUGCAACAUGUUCACUCAAGCUCCUGCAACAUGUGCACUCAAGCUCCUGCAACAUGUGCACUCAAGCUCCUGCAACAUGUGCACUCAAGCUCCUGCAACUUGGGCACUCAGGCUCCUGCAACUUGUGCACUCAAGCUGCUGCAACAUGUGCACUCAGGCUCCUGCAACAUGUGCACUCAAGCUCCUGUAACAUGUGCACUCAGGCUCCUGCAACAUGUGCACUCAGGCUCCUGCAACAUGUGCACUCAAGCUCCUGCAACAUGUGCACUCAGGCUCCUGCACCAUGUUCACUCAAGCUCCUGCAACAUGUGCACUCAAGCUCCUGCAACAUGUUCACUCAAGCUCCUGCAACUUGGGCACUCAAGCUCCUGCAACAUGUACACUCAGGCUCCUGCAACAUGUGCACUCAAGCUGCUGCAACAUGUGCACUCAAGCUCCUGCAACAUGUUCACUCAAGCUCCUGCAACAUGUGCACUCAAGCUCCUGCAACAUGUUCACUCAAGCUCCUGCAACAUGUGCACUCAAGCUCCUGCAACAUGUGCACUCAAGCUCCUGCAACAUGUGCACUCAAGCUCCUGUAACAUGUGCACUCAGGCUCCUGCAACAUGUGCACUCAGGCUCCUGCAACAUGUGCACUCAAGCUCCUGCAACAUGUUCACUCAAGCUCCUGCAACAUGUGCACUCAAGCUCCUGCAACAUGUGCACUCAGGCUCCUGCAACAUGUUCACUCAAGCUCCUGUAACAUGUGCACUCAGGCUCCUGCAACAUGUGCACUCAGGCUCCUGCAACAUGUGCACCCAAGCUCCUGCAACAUGUGCACUCAGGCUCCUGCAACAUGUUCACUCAAGCUCCUGCAACAUGUGCACUCAAGCUCCUGCAACAUGUGCACUCAGGCUCCUGCAACAUGUGCACUCAAGCUCAUGCAACAUGUGCACUCAAGCUCCUGCAACAUGUACACUCAAGCUCCUGCAACUUGGGCACUCAGGCUCCUGCAACAUGUGCACUCAAGCUGCUGCAACAUGUGCACUCAAGCUGCUGCAACAUGUUCACUCAAGCUCCUGUAACAUGUGCACUCAAGCUGCUGCAACAUGUGCACUCAAGCUGCUGCAACAUGUUCACUCAAGCUCCUGUAACAUGUGCACUCAAGCUCCUGCAACAUGUGCACUCAAGCUCCUGCAACAUGUGCACUCAAGCUCCUGCAACAUGUGCACUCAAGCUGCUGCAACAUGUGCACUCAUGCUCCUGAAACACGGGCACUCAAGCUCCUGCAACUUGGGCACUCAAGCUCCUGCAACAUGUACACUCAAGCUCCUGCAACAUGUGCACAAGCUGCUGCAACAUGUGCACUCAAGCUGCUGCAACAUGUUCACUCAAGCUCCUGCAACUUGGGCACUCAAGCUCCUGCAACAUGCUGCACUCAAGCUCCUGAAACUGCAACAUGUGCACUCAAGCUGCUGCUGCAACUCACUCAGCUCCUGCAACAUGUACACUCAAGCUGCUGCAACAUGUGCACUCAAGCUGCUGCAACAUGUUCACUCAAGCUCCUGCAACAUGUUCACUCAAGCUCCUGCAACAUGUACACUCAAGCUCCUGCAACAUGUGCACUCAAGCUGCUGCAACAUGUGCACUCAAGCUCCUGUAACAUGUGCACUCAAGCUCCUGUAA